GCCAUACUUCUUUCCGGAACUUUCCUAUCCCUCAACAUCCCUACGCACGCAGAGAGACAGAGAGAGAGAGAGAAUGUUCAAGAAGGCAGUGGAGGCGAAGUCACACCAGAGACUGUCGGGGGCAGACAGGAAGAAGCUUAGACGAACCGUCAAAGACCUCUUUCGUAGAGCCUCCGAUGCCGAUAUCGACACCUUGCUUCCUCCCAAGGCGGAGAUAACUGUUGCAAAGUUUCAAAAUCGAGUCCAUGUAUAUGGUGUAGAAGGAGGAUUCCCUAUGUUUUUUGAUGUUGAUGGGCGAGGCAAAGAAAUAUAUCCCACAGUCUUUGCUCUCUGGAAUGUCCCUGAACUCUUGCCUGCUUUCAUGCUGAAAGGGGGUGAGGUUUCACGAUUUCUCAUUGGAGGGGCAGAUUUGAUGUUUCCUGGUAUUAGUGUACCUGCUGAAGGUUUACCUUCAUUUCUAGCUGGGGAACCAUGGGCAGUUAAAGUCCCUGGAAAUCCUGCUCCAAUUGCAGUUGGGGUGACCGCUAUGAGCAGCACUGAAGCCUUAAAAGCUGGUUUGCGUGGAAAGGCAUUAAGAAUCACUCACUAUUAUCAUGACUUACUAUGGGAAUCAGUUGAGGGCCACUAUGUCCCGAAUGCUGGCUUCUUAGAAGAUGUUGUAUUUGAGGAUCCUGCUAUACUGCAGUCUUGUCAAACUUCUGAGUCAUGUGAAGGUGCUAUUGAUGCUUCUAAUGGUCAAUGGAAUGGCAAUGAUAACAACGAAGUGGGUGAACCUGUUGAUGUAACUGAUAUCCUGUCCGAACAUAAUCAUCCUUCGAGUUCAUCAACACAGAUUGAUGUUGAGAAUGAUACUGCUGAAGAAGUAAUUGCAGACAUUGGUGAUUUAAGGGUAGGAAAUAAUGUUUCUUCUGAGGAAUCAAACGAUCAA